AUGGGCAGCAACAUCGCCAGCACCGCCGUCAAACCGACAUCUCUCAUUAAUCUCCAGCUAGGAUGGCCUUCACCCCGUCUCUUUGCCGCAAGCGGUCUCCUCGAGGGGGCCAACCAGGUCCUCAGUUCAGACACUGAGACAGCCGCUGCGCUCGUCUACGGUCCUCACGUCGGACAUCCCCCUCUCCGCAAAAGCGUGGCAGAAUGGCUCUCCUCGGUCUACGGGACGCCAGCUGAUCUCGACAGAAUAAGCAUCAGCAACGGCGCCUCGGGCAAUCUGGCCAACGUUCUGUUGAAAUUCACCGAUCCGCUCUACACGCGGAAGAUCUUCAUGGUUGAGCCGACAUACUUCCUCGCGUGUCCUAUCUUUGAAGACAAUGGGUUCCAGGGCAAGCUGAAAGGUGUCCCUGAGGACAAUGAGGAAGGUCUCGACAUUGCUUUUCUUCGCCGGGAGCUGGAAGUUGCAGAGGCACAAGCAUUGGAAAAGGCGAACGUCUCUGGAGAACUAGAUGCCCCGACGAUCAAGACUGGCAAGACAUAUCCAAGAAUCUACAAAUACGUCAUCUACCUCGUCCCGACCUUUUCCAACCCCAGCGCAAAGACUCUUUCUCUGCAGAUGCGGAGGGAUCUUGUCAGCCUUGCUCGCGAGUACGACGCUCUUGUAAUUUCAGACGAUGUCUACGACUUUCUGAGCUGGCCUGAAGAUCCCGCUGCUCCUGUCGACGCUGUAGCCACUGUCCCGCCUCGCCUCGUCGAUAUCGACCGAGAGAUGCCCGGAUGCAGUCAUUUUGGAAACACUCUCAGCAACGGCUCGUUUUCUAAAGUCAUUGGACCGGGUGUUCGAGUCGGAUGGGCGGAGAGCACGCCAGCCUUUGCUAAGGAGCUGGGAGAGGUCGGUUCUUCAAGCUCAGGCGGUGCUCCUUCACACCUCACCUCUACCUUCGUCGACAAGAUGCUCCGAAACGGUCAGCUCCAAUCCCAUAUCAAAGACACGCUCGUUCCCACGUACCGAGAGAGAUACUACGUGCUCAUGGCAGCCAUCGAAAAGGUUUUGGUUCCUCUCGGGGCUCGCGUGGAAGGGAACACGCCCAAAGACGCGGGUGCAGCGACUGCAGGGGGUUUCUUCACGUAUCUUAGACUACCAGACGACCUUCCCGUUGCCAAGAACGUAGCCGCCAUUGCGCUGAAGGAUCAACAGUUGCGCGUGGCUUUUGGUCACAUGUUCACCGUCACUGGAGACGAGAGCAGCGUGUCUCGGGCGGAGGCAGAAGAUGGGUUUGCCCGAUGUAUCAGACUUUGCUGGGCGUGGCAUGAAGUUGCGGAAAUCAAAGAGGGGAUUGACAGACUAGGUGCUACGAUUGUUGACGUCAGGGAAAGGAUCGAGAAGGGAGAAGACUUGAGUAGCCCUGUAACUAUUGGAAUCAGGUAG